AGAGAUACUGGAUGUUUACACUCGGAAUCACAGAGCGAUGCAGCACUGCUUCCCUCAGAAGUUGCAGGGCAGGCAGUAAGACAGUGUGUGUGUACAGGGGCAGGCAUGAGGGAAGGUGUGGGACAAGCAACAAGCAGUGAGGUACCUCCAUCAGGAGGUACCUGUGAUCCUCCUGAUGGAAUACCAAGCAGCCCCCUGCAAACUGCUGGCUAGUGACAGAGUAAAGGCUUCCUGAGCGUCUUGUAAAGAGCAAAAGCAAUCAGAUGGGGAUCUUCAGCUACUGGGUAUUUUGAAAAGGGGGUGUAAGGGGAGAACAAGUUGGCAAAGAAACAAAUCAAGUUGUCACUGGAAUAUACAAACUCACUGAAGGAUUCCUCUCCUUUAGCCAGUCCAGUUUGCUUGGAAACCUCAGUCCACAACACCCAGAAAGUACUCAAAACCACAUGCAGAGCUGUGAGAUGCUGUGGUGUCCACAGGCUUCACACAAAGGAGCAGUGCCAAGCUGACCUCCAGCAGUCUCAUUGUGUUUGUACUUAAAAGUCAAGCAGAGAUGUGAAGGGUGUGUGCCCCUGAGCUGAGACUGCUGGGCCAGGUCCGCGUGCCCUGGUGGGGCCGAAACACCGAGAAACCCAGAAGCUGUUCAUAGAAUGAGGAGGAAUUCAAGUCCCUGCAGCAGCAAAACGUGGGCUGGGCAUGGCCACGGCUCCGCAGGUGCCUCAGAGGUUGGUUUUGGUUAACUUGAAGUAAUGUCUUGCUGCAGGAGGGCCUGUCUGGAGUAAGCAAGCAGCUAGUGUGUUUGUAAUUCAUGGAUGGAUGGAUUAGGGCAGGAGAUCAUCCGGACGUCAGCGCAGAAAACACCGCUGGCAUUUUCACACGUACGCUGUCAUGAAUUCCUGCCCCGCUGUGCCUGUAAACACCAUUGUGCUGUUCAUCUGCCACAUUUGCAGCAGCAGCAGCAGGGAGAUUUCCCCUGAAAUGGAUUGCUGACCCAGCGGCCGCCCGGACAAUGCACAAAGCCCGCCUUCCAGAAAGCCGUCGCACAAAGCCGAAAGCCCCACCGAGCCCCGACCUGCUGGGCUCGGCACAUCCCUCCCGCCAGUGCGGGGCUGGCGGCGGGGCUGAGCGGGCCGCAGCGGCAGCAUGCCCUUGCCCAGGCGCCGGUCGUCCUUCCUGGGGCAGCAAGCCCCUUCCUCCGCCACCGAGAGCGUGGGGGGCCCGGGGCGCCGGGUGAGCGUGGGCAGCCUGUCGAGGCCGCCUGGCGUCUACGUGGGUGCCGUGCCCACCGGAGGAGUGAGCAGCUUGGGCACCCGCGUGUCCCGCCGAGCGCUGGGCAUCAGCAGCGUCUUCCUGCAAGGCCUGCGCAGCUCCUGCUCCGCCGUGCCCCUGGCCACGGGGCUGGAGAAGGGCAGGGGGCUCUCCUACGAGAGCCUGAACGGCUGCCUGGUGGAGUACAUCGAGAAGGUGCGGGCCCUCGAGCAGGUCAACCAGGAGCUGGAAGAGCACAUCCGAGUCUAUCUGGACAAGAAGUCCUCCAGCGUGGGCAGCUGGGGCGCGCUGCGGGAGAGCUGGGAGGCCGUGUACCACCAGGUCUUGUAUCUACAGCAAGAUCGUAUGCAAUCCCAUCAGAGAAGAAAAACAGUGCUCUGGGAGCUGAGGACCACUCAUUCAAGGCACAAGCAUCAAAUAUUCCUUGGCUCACGGAAGAUGACAACCCUGAGGAGGACUGCUGAUAUGGUUGGCGAAGCAGUCCUUGAAAACGCCCGUCUCAUGCUGCACACCGAGAACAUUCAGGCCUCUGCUGAAGACUUUAAGGACAGGUAUGAAAAUGAACAGCCAUUCAGAAAGGCAGUGGAAGAUGAAAUUAAUUCCCUUUACAAAGUGAUUGAUGAUGCUAAUUUAACUAAAAUGGAUCUGGAGAGCCAGAUAGAAAGCAUGAAAGAGGAGCUAACUUUGCUGUCAAAGACUCAUGAAGAAGAUGUGAAGGUAUUGUACAAACAGCUUGCUGGAUCUCAGCUGGAAGAACUUGAUGUUCCCCUGGGAAGUGGCCUGGACAACAUACUGGAAAAAAUCCGAAUCCACUGGGAGAGAGACAUUGAAAAGAAUCGUGCUGAGGCAGGUGCCCUUCUCCGUACCAAGCAACAGGCUGAAGCGACAGCUGCAGUGCGAAGCCAAGAGGAAGAACUGGUAGAGGGCCUGAGAACUGAAUUCCAUGAAACUGCCUGCAAAAUACAGAGCUUGCAAGCCGAAACUGAGUCCUUGAGAACCUUGAAGAGGGGUCUGGAGAAUUCCCUGUACGAUGCCAAGCACUGGCAUGAGAUCGAACUGCAGAACCUGGGCUCUGUCAUUUCCAAGCUGGAGGCAGAGAUGGCAGAAAUCAAAGCAGAAACUGAGCAGCAGCAGCGGGAUCGUGAGAAUCUGCUGACCAACAAGCAGCAGCUAGAGAAAGACAUUGCUGCAUAUCACUGCCUUCUGGAUGGAGAACAAAGCAGUUGAUCAUGAAAUUCCCAUUCUAUAGAAGAUCAUUGCCACUCAAAGCAAAAGAAGAUGUCACUGCUAAGUAUGUUCUUGGAAGCUAAAUGCCCAUCAAAGCAGCCUGCUUUAUUCAGUUUGAUUCAACAAUCAAAGUAGGUUGUAGCUUGAACAACUUUAUUAGACCCUCUUCAUGUAAUUGCUUUGCUUACAGAUUUCAAUUUACUCAUGUUGUUAAAAUUAUAAUAAAAAUAAAGAAUAUCAGAGUUUUUUUUGUUUGACUUUUUCUUUCACUAUUUUUUGUGAUAGCUGAGGGGGAACUGCAUUAGCAGCAUAGUGCUUCUACUUCCCACCAGGUUUAUUUCUUGGUUUUAGUACAAAUACAUUAAGACUGGACGACUCCUGCACUAUGCAAUCAGCACAAAUGGCAAGUACUCUCGUGUUACAAGACCAGCAGCUCAUUGGAGUGAAAUGUAGUUAAAAUGAAGUCCAAGCAAUUCAACUGUUGCAUCAACUUGAUGCAAUUAAUUCUGCAAUGCAUUUGCUAGCAAGAGCACUAAUGCAAGCAUCCAAACAGUACUUAGUAAAUAUGCUUUGAUUCUAGACUACACUUUUGGAAAAGCUGAAGGUUAAGGAGAGCAACAGCAUCUUUGUUUGCAGUCUGGGUCACAUCCUUUUAUUGUCCACUCUGUUGGAUCAGGAUUUCACAACACAGACACUUAGAAAAAGAGAUAAGAUGGUUUAUUAAGUGGACUCAAAGACUACUUAGAAAUGGCAUAUAUUAGAGAACACUGCAUAUAGCAAAUGUGACAGGCUGAAGGUAUUUCAAUUUUCAGUUGAAACGUUAGCUAACAAAACUAUUUCAUUUUUAAUGACAGUUAAGAUCCAAACCCACUGCAAAUCCACUACACCAGUGAAUAAGAGGAAUCAGCACACAACUGUCAAACUUUCCAUGCACAUUUCCCCACACAUGGAAAGUCCUUCCCAGUGCAAUUAUUUGACAGACAAUUUCUUGACUAAUCUCUGGUAACAAAAAGCCCUGUGAGCAUGUACUGCCUGGAAGAUUUUUCUAAGAUGUUAAGAGAUUAACCAGCAACCAAGAGGAACGAAAUGAUGGCAAAGCUCUUUUUUCUCUUACAGAAUGUAUGCUGCUCAGAGCAGUGAUAAAACUUUCUUCCACAUCUGUGCAGAAUUUAUCAAGUUGAGAAACCAUCAAGAGUAGUGGUGAUGAUAGAAAAUAGCCAUAAAGAGCUGUACAUGAGAUGCAAUGACACAGAUCCUUGGAUUGUUGUUAACCAGAUUUGCUGUGGCAGAGACUGAACCAGAACCCUUCUGCAAGUUGCUCUGCAAGCUGCACUUUCCUAAGAGCACCUUCUCCAAUUCCCUUAGGCAGGCAUCUGCCUAAGAGUUACCAAGUUAAUGUUCUGCAUUAUCUUGUGAUCCACAAAUGUCAAAGCAGUUUGAGGUACUCCCAUCUUCAUUUCACAGGGUGGAGAUAAUUUGGUACAGAUAAAUCAGGAUAAGAGAAAACACAAAAUGACUGGGAGUAGAAGUCUGUUCCUAACUCUUUCCCAAGUUUUGCAUCGUCACCCACGACUCCCUUUGGUUUCCAUUUCUGCAGCUUCUCCACAUGCAUGAUGACUACUGCAGCACUUCCACAACAUGCAGUAGUGCUUCAUUCCCUGGUGUAUGUAAAAUGCAUCAUGAUGUGCAGGGAACAGUGUCCUGGCAAGAAACAUCAUAACCACAGGACAGAGGAAAGAAGUGUGCAGGCAUGGCAGUAUGCCAUGGCAAGCACACUCCACCAGACACUAAUAUGGGGGAGAAAAGAGACAAAGUCCUCCCUGCAAAUCUGUACCUAAGCAGAGGCACACAGAACACUUCAUCUUACCAAGGGUUGCUUCCACAGCUCAAUGAUAUAUCACACAGUAGGAACCUGUCUGCUGAGCUCAUGCUCCUGUCACUGCAGCGAGGCAUUCUGGAUAAAGUCCUUGCAUUGCAAACGUUACUUCUGCUAGUCUGUGCCUGCAAGCCAUUCUUCAGCCAAAUGUCCUCUGAUCAAGGACUGAAGAUCACCGAAUUUGAGAGGAAAAGAACAGCAAUAAUGUUCUUUUUUUUUUUUAAUUGACUCUAAUAUAUUACACGGCAACAAUGUCAACCAUAUAAGCUAAUGCAACACAUUUGCAGCUGAUUACAAAUACUGCACAUCAGCAUGUUUUUGCAGUUUUGCAUAAAGCUAGAGGUGGGAUGAAAAUCCAGGCAUAGCCUCAUAACUAAUGCUUCCUUUAAAGUGCCAACUCAGUCGUGUCUUUAAACCUGGAUCUAAGCCUUUAGAGGCCUAAAACAUUGCUGCUAUUUUCCAUGGUUUCCACUGAGUCUGUUCCAGAUUUAACAGCUGAAAUUUCUCUUGGUACUUGGCUCCUGACAGGUAUUAAGUUUCUAAUCCAGAGUUGGUCAUUCCAGCCUUACACCAUUUUGUUUGCAAGGGAUAAGUGAUGCAGAC